AUGAGGCCGCUGAAGCCAUGGGUUUUCGGCGCCAUCGGCGCUUGGCUCUCCUGGCGUCAAUUCGCAUUCACCGCCCAAGAGGUGAAAGCGCCGGAGGACUGGCGCAAGGGCCCCGGGGUGUCCCGGGACCAGCGCUGGAGCUUCUGGCCCGCGCUGCCCAUCGCGCCCUACGAGCGCCGCCUCACCAAGCGCUACGAGGUGGUGCCAGGUGAGCUCUGGACUUUCGAGCAAAAGCAGGGCAUUCUGUACAUCCACGUGCCCAUCCGCAUGACCGUGUACCGCAUGCAGAGCAGACGUGCGCUCUUUGUAUAUGCGCCGGUGGCUCCCACUGACGAGUGCAUUCGACUGCUCAGGGAACUUGAGGAACAGUACGGUGAAGUGGCCUACAUUGUGCUUCCCACGGUCGCAGUGGAGCACAAGUACUUCGUGGGGCCCUUCUCACAGCGAUUCCCAAAGGCCCAGGUCUGGGUGUGUCCGGGGCAGUUCUCGGUGCCGCUGCAGCUGCCGCUGCAGCUGUUGGGCUUCCCCUGGGGCGAGCGCCUCCGGAGUCUCGGAGCCGACCGCACUCCAGAUGACUGGAAGGAUGAAGGGCUGGACUUCCGAGUGCUGGGGCCCGUGGGCAAAGACCUGAACAACGGGCCCUUCGCAGAGGCAGCCUUCUACAUUGGUCGGCUUCGCACCAUGCUGGUCACCGACUUGGUGGUCUCUGUGCCCGACACUGCGCCCGAGAUCGUGGCGGAGGAGCCACGGGCCUUAGCCUUCCACGCGCGGGACGACGCUUCCUCGCGCCUGGAGCUGUCGGAAGAGUCGCUGCUCCGUGGAUGGCGUGCGGGGGCCGAGCGAGCGGCGAGCGAGGUGCGGGUUUUGCGGGCGCCGCAUCCGUAG